AUUUCCCAGGCUUGAAUUCCAAUAGAGGAGUGACUCAGUAGAACUCCAUUCUACCGCUAUGAAGAAAAGUGGUGUUUCUCUCCUUUUGGGUAUCAUCUUCCUGACUCUGAUUGAAGUUCAAGGAGUCCCAAUAAUGAAGAAAGGACGCUGUUUCUGCAUCAACACCAACCAAGGGAUGAUCCACCUAAAAUCCUUAAAGGACCUUAAACAGUUUUCCCCAAGUCCUUCUUGUGAGAAAACUGAAAUCAUCGCUACAAUGAAGAAUGGGACUCAAACAUGUCUAAACCCAGAUUCAACAAAUGUGAAAAAAUUGAUGAAAGAGUGGGAGAAACAGGUCAGCCAAAAGAAAAAGCAAAAGAAAGAGAAAAAAAACAUCAAGAAAGCAGGGAUUCAAAAAGUUAAACGAUCUCCAUGUCCUCAUCAAAAGAAGACUAUAUAAUUGACAGCUUUACCGACAAAUAUUUUCUGUUUAAAAGGUUCUUCUUAAUUAUACUGAAAUAAUUCCAGCACCUUAAUCCAUCAGCUUGUUGAUCUGACUAGAAAUUAUAAAGCAUCAUUAUGAAAUUGUAAUUGAAGCUAAAAAGUAGCUUUCAAAAUCCAAAUGUUAAGAAUUGUUAGAGGCCAUAGUUUGUCUUAUUCUUCCGCCUAUAGCCAGCUGAAUUUCAUCAUGUUUAAGAGCAGGAUCUUAGUAACACCCACAUGUGGACAGAUGGCCACACAACAGCUCAUACACAACAGCUGCCUGGGAGAGCAGCCUUAGGCUUCCAAGACCACAGCCUGCAGCUUUCAGAGCGUAUUCUGAAGCACAUGUCAGCAAGUGCCAGCUUGUCAGCUUGCUGAUAAGCCAAGCAGUUUGGAAUUGAGCUGGACCUCACUAAGCUGCCAUGGCCAUCAGCAUCUGUAUUUGAAUCCGCCUACGGGCCUCACAUGCAAUGUAUCUGAGAGGUAAAUGCUGGUAGUUUCUGGGAACCAACACUGGAGAACACUAGCACUUAGCUUUCAGAACCUUCUAUCUCACUUUUGAGGCCAUAUGACUCCAUCUUACCUGCCCAGGCUGCCCACUUUGUUUCUGUUGUUCCCCUUUGCCUCAGUCAAGCCAGUCCCUCACUGUCCUACCACAGUUCAGUGCCUGCCUCCUCUACUGUGCUGACCUCUCUUCUCAUUAUUUCCCCAACACCCCACAGGAAUGCCUUCUCCCCACUCAUCUUCACUUUACCCAGGCUUCACGAUUCAAUUCAAUCCUGCCUCUUAAAUAAAACCUUCUGGACACUCAGAUUAUCUUAAAACCCUAUUUCACAUGUGCUCCACACCACACAGGUGAGCACUUACUUAUUUUCUAAUUUUUUUGUGUGUUUUUUCUAUCUCUCCAGCUCCUUAAGGGCAGGAGCCAAGUUUAUUUCCCUGAAUCUGCCACCAGUGCCUCAUAUACUCUGGGACUAGAUUUUGAAUGAUUUCUUAAUUGCAGUUGUUACACGUAGGAGGGAAGCCAGGCCAUCCCCUCAGAGCAGGAGCUGGCUAUCUAUAGCAAGAUUCAAUAUUGAGUAACCCCUGGGUAAAUUCAUUAUCUUCAGGCCAUUAUCCCUGAAAGCACCCGGGGUGAUGCAACAUCCUUGUCUUAUGACAGGAUGUUAACUUGGCCUCUUGAGCAGAUAAGAAGGAAAUGUUUAACCAUUUAUGGAAGUUCUGAACUGUUUUCAUAAAAUAUACAGGGUACCUAGAAUCACAGAAUCUUACAAUGGGAAUCUUACAAGGAGCUUUAGAAAUCAACCAGUGUCAAAACCUUCUCCACCCCAUGCAAAUUCCUUCAGUACAAUUCCUGACAAGCCUCGGUUUUCUAUGAUAUGACAAGAAAGCCGCCAACAUCCUUUUGAAAACUCAUUUUAUGCUGAAACCGGUUUGGCUCAGUGGAUAGAGCCUCGGCCUGCAGACUGAAAGGUCCCAGGUUCGAUUCUGGUCAAGGGCAUGUACCUGGGUUGCGGGCAUAUCCCCAGUAGGAGAUGUGCAGGAGGCAGCUGAUCGAUGUUUCUCUCUCAUCGAUGUUUCUAACUCACUAUCUCUCUCCCUUCCUCUCUGUAAAAAAUCAAUAAAAUAUAUUUAAAAAAAAACACCUCAUUUUAGGUAAAUAUGAAUGUCCUUGUCAUUAAACUUUUCUCAGAGUUGGUAAAA